AUGGCUGAAACUAGAGAUCAUGUCAGUGUUAGAUUCAGCGACUCCAAGGGAAAUGUGGUCAUAGUGAAGCAAUUGAAGAACCCCAAAUUGUUGUAUGCUCCUAAAAAUGGCUCGAAGAAGCGAGAUGGAGCUUAUGGCGGCUUUGAACGUUGUGCUGUCGACAUGUUUGAGUCAAGUGGUCCAUGCGUGAGUGACAAAGUGUGCUCUUUGUACCUUAAGAAAGUUGGUUCAGAUGAAUGGAGGCCUGGCUGGAUUAAGGUUCAUCAACAGGAAGGUGGCAGCCUCGUGCAAAUCUCUUGCAUGUUUUAUUUUAGAACAUUUGUGCCCGAAAAUGUAUGGUAUGGUUUCAACUAUUGUCACUCCUAA